AUGCUUACAUCUAAAUGGGUUUUAGCAGCUAGGCGAUCAAUCCGAUCCAGACAAUCAGUAACAGAUCAUUAUUCUUCGCGGUCAAUAAGCUCCGCUUGUAUCAACCAAUUCCAUACACAUUCAAAAGCAUACCUAAAAGAUAACUCGAGCAGAAUAAAUAACGAAGCUGUGAAAGAGGUAGAGGUACUAGAUAAAGCACCAAGGGGAGAAAGUUCUGCAGUGCCAUCAUCUAGAAUAUCGAGGUUGUUUCAUUAUGGAUCUCUAGCAGCCGGUAUCGGUAUGGAUGUUGCUGCUCAAAAGCUUUCACAAGUCGCCAGAGGUGAAGCAACUUCAAAUUCAACCUCCUGGAAAUCCAUGAUUUUAUCACCGGCAAAUAUUGAAAGAAUUGCAAAGAAAUUCUCUCAAAUGAGAGGUGCAGCUUUGAAAAUUGGUCAAAUGAUGUCAUUUCAAGACGAGAAACUAUUACCACCACAACUAUAUGAAAUUUUAUCAAAAGUUCAAAAUAAUGCUAACUUUAUGCCACAAAGACAAUUGGAUAAGGUCAUGUCAAGAGAGUUGGGGAGUAAUUGGGAAUCGAAAUUUGAAUCUUUCGAUAAAAUCCCAAUUGCAGCAGCGAGUAUUGGCCAAGUUCAUAAGGCUGUAUUGGCACGAAGCCGAGAAAAAGUAGUCGUGAAAGUACAGUAUCCAGGUGUUAAAGAUUCUAUCGAUUCAGAUUUAAAUAAUCUAUUGUUAUUACUGACGGCAUCGAGAUUAUUACCUAGAGGUUUAUUUUUAGAUAAAACGGUGGCCAAUGCAAGAAAAGAAUUAAAAUGGGAAUGUGAUUAUAUGAGGGAAGCAAAGGCCUUACAAAAAUUUGAAGAAUUACUAAAAGAUGAUCCAAUAUUUAAAGUCCCACAUGUUUUCGAAAAGUUGACUACUACAAAUGUUAUUACAAUGGGGUAUAUGGAAGGGGCACCCAUUAUGAAAUUACCUUCAGACAGUACUACACAAGCGACAAGGGAUUUCAUUUCAGAAAAUAUUUUGAGACUAUGUCUUGAAGAAAUUGCAGUUUUCAAAUAUAUGCAAACAGAUCCCAACUGGGCCAACUUCCUAUAUAAUAAACAGACGCAUAGGAUUGAAUUACUAGAUUUUGGUGCUUCCAGAGCAUUUCCUGAUGAGUUUAUUAACAAAUAUAGGAAAUUGUUAACAUUUGCAACAGAAAAUAAUCGCCCAGGAGUUGCAGAAAUGUCCAAACAAUUGGGGUAUCUAACUGGCUUAGAAUCCCAAGCUAUGAUUGAUGCACACGUUGACAGUGUUAUGACAUUAGGUGAACCAUUUGCUGGAGAAACUUCGCAGGCAUUUGAUUUCAAAGAUCAAACAGUUUCUGAUAGAAUCAGAGGUAAUAUUGGGUUGAUGUUACAUGAAAGGUUGUGUCCUCCUCCGGAGGAAACAUAUUCUUUGCAUAGAAAAUUCAGUGGUAUAUUCCUAUUAUGUGCCAAAAUGGGUGCGAAUGUACAUUGCUCUAAAUUAUUCCAUGAUAUUUUUGCCUUUAAAGAUUAA